CCAAUUUUUAAGUCUUUUGUCUUCAGCAUCUCUUUUACCUGGAAGCACCUUGGAAGUCAAAGUACUGAGCUGACUGAAGCUGUGAGGUGCUUGAGUUGUUUUGCUGUCAUCCUUGCAGGUUAAUGGUCUGAACAUCAAAGUGGAGAUUAAAAAUAUUUCUCUAUGGGUAGUGCUGCUGAAAAAGGCAACAGAGGCACAGCUGUGCUAAACAAAGGCAGUUUGUGCUAGGUGCUCGCCAGUUUGAAGUGAGUGGCUUGUCAUGAGCAGUGUGGUCUCGGAUGUCCCUACCAGUGGCACUCUGGUAGAUCAUCAAAGACGUUUCAAAGAGAUGGUGUGCUGAGUCCCUUCCACCAGAGCCUUCUGUACCUCUCUGAAGCAAGAAUACAUGAAAAAGAAUAAAAGGUGUGAAGGUGCACCAGUGUUUUCCUGAUUAGAAAUCUAACCCCCAAGUGAACGUACUGAAGAUUUCUAGACUCGGUGGGAAAAAUAUCUCUACCUCCAAUUUUAUGAAUACUGCUAGCUAUGGCUGUGGAACUCUGUUUGCUGCUGCUGCUGCUGUUUUGUGGAAGUACUAUUUCAGAGGUACAACCUAUAUACAAACCGCCUCCUGGGACUUUGGAUUUUGGAUUUGUACCAGCCAAGACCUAUGAUACAGGUGCAUACCAUGAACCUGGGCCAAUAGGAAUUUUGUUUAAAACAGUACAUGCAUUCCUGUACUUAGUGCAGCCAAAUUCUUUUCCUCAAGAUCUCGUCAGAAAACUAGCACAGCAGAAGUUUGGAAAUACACAGGGUGAUUAUCAAAAGCCAGAAAAUGUUGUCCUGACUCUUCAGGCCAUCUACUAUGAAAUCGGUUUUAUAGUCUCCACAGCCUUGGGAUUGCUAUUUAUUUUCCUACUGCCUCUUGUGGGACUGUGCUUCUGUAUGUGUCGUUGCUGUGACAACUGUGGUGGGGAAAUGCAUCAAAGACAGAAGAAAAAUGCUGACUGUCAGAGGAGCUGUUUUGCAACACUUCUUUUUGUUGCUUCUUUAAUAAUAAGUGUUGGAGUGCUCUGUGCAUAUGCUGCCAACCAGCAUUUAACUAACCAAGUCCGAGGAGCAAAGAAACUGGUUAACAGUAAUUUUAAAGAUCUGAAAAUUUUCCUUAACGACACUCCAGCGCAAAUAGACUACUUGGUGAGCCAGUACAACACAACUAAGGAUAAAGCACUCUCUGACCUAAAUAAUGUUGGACCUUUGCUUGGAAGUAGAGUUCAAGAACAGCUGGGAAAAGAAGUGCGUCCAGCUCUUGAUGCAGCUCUGACAAUGGCAGGAGCCAUCAGAGAAACAAAGGAAGCACUGGAAAAUGUGAGCGUCUCUGUAGAAGUUUUGCAGGAGGGAACAGAGAGGCUUCAUGCAAACUUGACAGUUGUUAGAAUGCAUCUAAGCAACACUCUCAAUGACUCUGCAUGCUCUGUGGCUCAGGCUGCCUCAACUUGCAGUAUCAUCAGGAAUUCAUUGAGUCAGCUGGACAUCAAUGCCAAUUUUAGUGGGUUGCCGGGAGUGAGCUCACAGCUUGCCAAGGUCAACGAAGUCCUUAAAACAGACCUUUCUAGCCUGGUUCAAAAGGGUUAUGCAGCAUUUAAUGAUACUCCAGACUUAGUGGUAAAUCAAACCAGAAACAUUUUAUCAGCUGUUCCUUAUAUCAAAAAUGUGCUGGAAUCAAUUGGUUCAAAUAUCACUACCUUCACAAAUGCUCUCCCUGUUCAGAAGAUUUUGGCAGAUUUUACUAUUUACCUUACACAGAGUGAAGCAUAUGUUCAGGAGUAUUUUCCAUUAGUGGAGCAGUACGAUUUCUACAGGUGGCUGGGUUGUCUCAUUCUGUGCUGCAUGGUGGUCCUGAUUCUGGUUUUUUACUAUCUUGGACUGCUAUGUGGUACCUGUGGUUUUGAUAAACAAGCUUCUCCAACAACCAGAGGCUGCAUUUCUAACACUGGAGGAAACUUUCUUAUGGCUGGUGUUGGAUUCAGUUUUCUUUUCUCCUGGGUGCUGAUGGUUGUAGUGGUGCUCACUUUUGUCACAGGUGGAAAUGUAGAAAAACUGGUCUGUGAGCCCUUUGAAGAUAAAACUUUAUUCAAGGUUUUGGAUACACCCUACUUACUAAAUAAACACUGGAAAAACUACCUUUCUGGCAUCUUGUUUAAAAAUCCAAAUAUUGACUUGACUUUUGAAAAAGUGUACAGUGAUUGCAAGGAAAACAAAGGAAUUUAUACUUCCCUUCACCUAGAGCACCUGUUUAAUAUAAAUGAAUUUCUAAAUAUCACUAUGUAUACAGAAGAUGUAGCACUUAAAAUUGAACAUAUUCAAAUAAACCUCAGCAAAAUCAUUUUGCUAGAUGAUAUUGGGAAGGAGAGUCUUCUGAACUUCAGCUCUUCUGGACUACAAGGAAUAAACUUUGCAGCGUAUUUGGCAGAGAUCAAUAAAAGUGUAACCAAGGUGGAUCUUCUGUCAUUUGCUAAUGACUUAGAAGCAAGAGCAGACCAGCUGCCGAAAGGAGCACUGGAAAAUGCCCUAAAAGGACAUGCAAACAACAUUCGGAUGAUUCAUAACCAGCAAGUUGUUCCACUAGAGCAAGCUAUGAAAUAUGUUAAAGCUAGGAGCACUUUAAACCAGAGCAUUAGAUUACUGAAGAGGACAUCAUCUGAACUUACGGCUAAGGUGAAAAAUGUCAUUGGCGCCGUUAAUACUGCCCAGUUUCUCAUAAAUAACAACGCUUCUCUAGUUAUUGUCCAGGAGACAAAAAAGUAUAUGGAUACCAUAGUUGGCUACUUUGAGCAAUACGUUGCGUGGGUCAAAGAGUCGAUUGCCACAGAGGUAGCACCAUGCAAACCCAUUGCCAAUGUGGUAGAUACAGCAGUAGAUAUUUUUUUAUGCAGCUAUAUAACUGAUUCAGUGAAUACCUUCUGGUUUGGUUUGGGAGGCUCUUCCAUGUUUCUAAUUCCUGCCAUAAUUUUUGCUGUAAAACUCUCCAAAUACUAUCGUAGAAUGGAUACAGAGGAUGUAUAUGAUGAUUCCUCUGUCUCAGGGACUUGGCAUUUUACUUUAUGAUAACUGUUCUUACGUAUUUCCCCAUCAGUUUUGUUUUUACUGUCUUUUCUACUCUUUGUUUUGUUCAUUGUUCAGUUAGCCUGUGCACUGCAUUUCUGAAAUUUCACACUGGUCAUUUUUCAUUACACAGUAACAAGUCAGGAGAGCAGAUACAGCUAAAAUCGCUCACUUGUUAGUGUCUAGUUAAUUACUCCUCCUUUUCUGUGUUUUUUAGUGUCUAAACUAUACCCAUGAAAACAUAAGACAUUUUUGCUGGUAUUUGUUCAAAUUAUUUUAUUCAGGUGGAAGAUUUAUGUUUGUAGUGUUAUCUCUUUUGAAGUAGCAAGUUUCAUGUUCUGUUCCACCAGACUUCAUAUUUUAUAUUAGAGUAUCCAGCUCACAAGAAUACCAAAAUAAUUACUUAACUUUUGGAGCAUAUAAAUAUUAAAAAUAUAAAUUAUAAUUAUGCUGUAACUCCUGAAUGUUACAAAGGAAAAGUUACCUUCUGUUGUACAUACACAGUUCAUCUUUGCAUAAAUUAUCAUCAUCCAUGUACAUGUCUUAGAAGCCAUACUGUACAUAGUGCAUCUUAUAGUUAACAUGGUCUUUUUUUGGUGUAUUUAUUUUAUUACAGUACAGAAAAUUGUA